CACACACACACACACACACACACAGAGAGAGAGAGAGAGAGAGAGAGAGAGAGAGAGAGAGAGAGAGAGAGAGAGAGAGAGAGAGAGAGAGGAUUAUGGGAACCUUUUCCAAAUCGGGUAAUUGCACGGAAGGUGGGAACAAGGUGUCUUUGUUUCGAGCAAGGUUUACCCGAAGGCAGGUAUGGAUGCUGUUGGCGGCGUGGAUAGCAGUGAUCCAUCUGACGUAUAGAGGUACCUAUGUAGGACUGAGUCCUAGGCGCAGUGAUGAUCACCGUCGAUUGGAUCGAAUCAAUGGACGAGAGUUCAAGAUUGCCACAAUGACUUCAGACGGCUUUGAAGCUUAUGAUGUUCUCGGUGCUCAUGCCGGCAGGCCCGGCACCACCCCUGGCCCCCAUGAAUCAGGUCUUGUUCAUCGCCAAGAUUCCUCUGAUCUCCACAAUGACUCCAAUCAGAGUGCCGCUGACGUGGAAGGUACGGCCGGGCCUGCCGUGGGCGGCGGAGGCGAUUCGGUGAGGCAAGAUUCAGGGAACGAGGCAGUCGUGGCCGCGGGGGACCGAGCAGGACAGAGUACUAGAUGGACACGUGAGCAGGGCAACACCGGCAGUGGAGAGGACUUUCGGGCUUCCCGUCUUACUAGGAGUACGCCUGAUGUUGUGGGGACAGUGGGGUUAUUACCGGAGAGGAGACCGACUUUACCGCGUGCAGAUUCUGCUGGUCAACCCACCUCUUCUCAGCCUGAGGUGGGAUUGAAGCCUUUGAAGGUGAAGGAGAGGAAUCAUGCCUCUCGAUCUGUUCCUCGACGGGCUGCCUUGCCGCCUGACGUGAUGAUAGGUGUAGGUGAUGAGACGUGGACGGAGGAGGAGAAGGUGGAAGAGGAGGGGUGCACCACAGGCUACGGACUCCAGCCGUUCCUUGAAAGGCUUGCUGAAAAGGACACGAUUAUCAUUUGUACAGUGAAUUGGGGGUUCAGGUCUUUCUUUGUGAACUGGCUGAUCUCUGUGAAGAAGGUGGGGAUGGCGGGCAAUGUGCUGGUUUUCGCUGAGGAUAUGGCUUCUUGGCGUUAUCUGGAGAAGCACUGGCCCGGGCACUCAGUACUCUUCUGCAGCGACUACGACCGCUGGGCCAGCUCAGACAACCUAGCAGAUCCAGCAGCGACGCGCUCUACCAAGUCGGCACGACGAGUAGAGAAAAAAUCAGGAGUCCAGUACUUCAAAUCUGAAGGGUACGGCAAGCUGGUCAAUCGACGGCCGUUUCAUAUCCUUGCUUGCUUGCGUCACGGGUACUCCGUGCUGUACACAGACAUCGACACCGUCUUCGUGAAGAACCCUUUUUCAUACAUCUUGGGGCAAAUGGGAAAAGGAAGAGGAGGAGGCGGUGGUGGAGCGGAAAUGAGAGUAGGAGGAGGAGAUGGACAGGGAGAGAGGUACGGAAGAGAUCAGUCGUCGUCAGGAGAAAGAUCGAGUGCAAAUGGCAGCGACGUAGAAGGAGAAGAAGAAGGAGGCGCGCGUGGGGGAGAUCGUAGUGUUCACGAUUUCGACGGAGCUGGAGCGUGGGAUGGUCCUGUGAAGAUUACUCCUCAGUUUGACGGUCUGUUUCAUGGAUGUGACGCCCUUCCAGCAAAUUUCAAUCUCUCACUACUGAACUACUGCACUUAUCUUCUCUUCUUCCAACCAACUCCAGCCUCGAUGUUGCUCAUGCGGCAAUGGAUUUUUCAUAUGAGGCCUGUUCCUCUGCCAGAUGGUUCGGUCAAUCCUCCCUCCAGAAAUCAGCUCGCGUUCAAUUACGCUGUGGCGGAUCUUCUGCAGGGCUUUCACAUCGAGACGAAGGCGACCAAGUCAUCAUCAUCAUCAUCAUCAUCAUCAUUAUCAGAAGAGCAUCCGUCUUCUUUCAACCUCCGAAUGCGCACUCUUCCCAACAGAGUAUUUCCAUCGGGGUACACGAGUCUGGUAGAAACGGACAAAGCGAAGUGGGCAGGCAACGGAGGAGAGCUCGUCGUCUUUCACGCGAAUUAUCAUGUAGGGCUUGUUGACAAGAGAAGGUUCCUACAGAAGAACAGUUUAUGGUUGGUCAGUGAAGAUCCUGACGGGAAUGUGCAGUGGCCACUCACCAGCAGUCGCUCCUCUCUCUCUCUCUAGUUUGUUUUGUUUUGUUUUCAAUGUUUUUUUUUUUUUUUUUUCAAUUUCUAUUUUUAACAAAGGCUUGCGUUACUG